AUGGAAACGAAAUCCAAUCCCACAAAUGAAUUGGAUCAAGGCCAAAAGAAUAAUGGAGGGUGGCAACAAGUGACAUAUGCUAAGAAAAAGCAACAAAAAAAUAAGAAAAACCAAGCAACGAAAAAACCAUCAUCUGAUCCCACCAAAAAUAUUAUUGAUAAUGGUACUAGAAAUGUGUUCGAGUCUUUGGAGAAGCAUGCUGCUGAGAGGAGGAAAAAUGUUGAGGCUCGAAAAACGGCUGACAUUUAUGACGACGAUGGAAAGUUUUUGGCAAAUUCGUCAAAUCAUCGAUCAGAAAAUGGUGGCAGUGGAAAGAGUAGGAAGAAUGGAGCUAUGGAGGAAAAAGAGAAGAAGAAGAAGAAGGAGAAAAAGGAGAUAAAGAAGACUAAUAUGACUGUUGCUGAAGCUGCUAUGAAGAUUGAUGGUGAUGAUCUCUCUUCUUUCCUUGCUGAUGUCUCGGUAUCGUAUGCAUCACAAGAGGAGAUUCAACUAACGAGAUUUGCAGAUUAUUUUGGACGAGCAUUUUCAGCUGUGAGUGCAGCACAGUUUCCAUGGUUGGAGUUGUUCAAAGAGUCAUCCCUUGAUGCAAUUGCCGAUAUCCCCGUUUGUCAUAUAAAAGAAGUUGUCUAUAGGACUUCGGUUGACUGGAUUAAUCAACUUUCCAAUGAAUCACUCGAGUCCUUUAUGCUAUGGUCAUUGGACUGCAUUCUUGCUGAUUUAACAAUACAGAAAGCUGGAUCUAAGGGCCCCAAAAAAGGAGUUCAAACUUCAUCAUCAAAGUCUCAGGUCGCUACAUUUGUCGUAGUAUCUAUGAUAUUGCGACGAAAACCUGACAUUAUGAUUAAUCUAUUGCCAAUUUUGAGGGCUAAUUCGAAAUAUCACGGCCAAAAUAAGCUUCCACUCUACAUAUGGAUGAUAAUUCAGGCCUCUCAGGGAGAUUUAACAGUAGGAUUAUAUCUAUGGGCACAUUAUGUCUUGCCUAUAUUGGGAGCAGGCAGCAAGUCAAGUUCAAAUCCACAGACAAGGGAUUUGGUUUUACAAUUAGCAGAAAGAAUUCUUUCUAGACCUAAUGCGUAUAAAAUCUUGGUAAACGGUGCUGUAAGAAAAGGAGAGCGUUUAAUCCCACCUUUGGCACUAGACCUUUUGCUACAUGUGACAUUUCCUGCAUCUUCUACCCCAAUCAAGGCAACUGAUAGAUUUGAGGCAAUAUAUCCCACCCUCGUUUAUGUUGCUCUUGCUGGUACUCCUAGAAGUAAAUCGAUGAAACAACUCGCCCUACAAGUUCAGGAUUUUGCAAUGAAAGCAACUCAGGAAGGAAACCCAAAAUUAUCCCAAGAAGCCACCAAGUUGUUACUCUGGUGUUUGACUCAGAAUACCGAAUGCUACAAGGAAUGGGAAAAGAUCUAUGCAAAUAACCUGGAAACAAGUGUGGCUAUCCUCCGAAAGCUUAACCAAAGAUGGCCAGAGCUAGCUUCAAAGCUGGCUUCUGCCGAUGAUUUACGCGACACUCUCAAGAGUUUUAGGCAAAAGGUAGUUAUAAUUUUUUCCUCUUUCACACAAGAUUGUUGGUUGUGCUUGUUUCCAUUGAUUUAAAAGUUGUACAGUUCACAUUUAAUGAAAUUUAAGGUAGAGGAAUCCAAUGUUAAAUAACGGUUUUUUUUUUUUUUCUAAAUCAAAUAAUAACUUUUAACAGAAUGA